AUGGGUCGGCCGGAGCCUUGCGUCUUGUUCGCCCAGACCUUCGUCCACCCCCAUCUCGAUGAAUACGUCGACGAGGUUUUGUUUGCUGAGCCGAUUGUGAUCACUGCUUGCGAGUUUCUUGAACACAACACCUCGUCGGCUUCACAAGCAGUGCCCCUUUUAGGGGCUACUUUACCUCCUUCAUUUGCUUUGGAGGUAUUUGUACAAUGCGAGGGAGAGACAAGAUUCAGGCGCCUCUGUCAGCCUUUCCUGUAUUCCCCUUCAUCAUCAAAUGUGCUAGAAGUAGAGGCUGUUGUAACUAAUCAUCUGGUUGUAAGGGGGAGCUACCGUAGUCUGAGUUUGGUUAUAUACGGAAACACGGCCGAAGAUCUGGGGCAAUUCAACAUUGAAUUUGAUGAUAGCUCCAUAACUAAUCUUGUUAGCUCAGCUGAGGGAAAGCUUGAAGACCUCCCUCUGGCUUUACAUUCAACUAAUCUGACAAUUGAGGAAUCACUAUCAGCUCUGAAUACUUUAUCUUUACCUGUUACAGCAUCAGAUUUAUCUAUUGAAGUUAAGCAAUUAUUACAGCUGAUGUUGAAGAUUUGUGAGUUGCCCAAUCUAGGGGAUGCAUUGCAAAAAGUAGUUAGCACUGUAGUGUCAGCUGCCACUUGUUAUGUGACUUGCUCCUGGGGCAGAUCUAGUGACUGUGAAGAGCUACACAAGGUUCUUAUUGAGGCCAGAACAGAGCUUAUUCAGCUAUAUAAAUCCUUUAAAGAAGAAUCAGGGAAUGCAUCAGCUGAAUCAUUGGAAGACUGCGAUAUUUUUGUCUCUGAGACUGAUUUGGUAACUUCCAAACAGUUGGCUGAUUGGCUAAGUCGGUACUUUUUCUUCGAUAGGGACUUUUCAAGUGUUGGAUAUCACCAACUUCCACAGGAUACAAAUGUCAUGCUGGGGUUGAGUGUGGCUCUUCUUUUGUGCUCUGGAAGAGAGAGCUGCUUUCACUUUGUCAGCGGUGGGGGAAUGCAGCAGCUUGUACAUGUCUUCAGCCGUGACAAGCAGAAUUCUACCGCAACGACAUUACUUCUACUUGGAGUUAUUGAGAAAGCUACUCAGCAUUCUUUUGGCUGUGAAGGAUUUUUAGGUUGGUGGCCUCGUGAAGAUGAAAAUAUUCUAUCUGGUGUCAGUGAUGGUUACAGUAGAUUGUUGAAUUUGUUGCUUCAAAAACAGCGUCACGAUGUUGCUUCAUGUGCAACUUAUGUCCUUCAUCGACUUAGAUUUUAUGAGGUCACUGCAAGAUUUGAGUGUGCAGCUCUGUCUGUAUUGGGAGGUCUCUCUACUAUUGGUAGGGUGACGAGUGAUACUUUGGAAAUGCUUAUCUGUGCAAAAUCGCAACUCAAAAAACUCUUGAAAUUGAUAACUUCACGUGAUCCAAUUGAAGAUCCUUCCCCAGUUGCCCGUGCAACCAGAAAAUUGAUUCUUGGUCAAACUGAAGGUUUGUUGUCAUAUAAAGCAUCCAGUGACUUGAUUGCUUCAUCAAAUUGUUGUUUCUCAAAUCGGGAUAUCGACUUGCAUUUGCUGGAUCUUCUCAAGGCUGUUAAAAUUUUGAUUGAAGCAUUACAUUCUGCCAAGGAACCGGAGCCGCUUGCUAAAAAUAGUGGAGCCUCACCGUUAAAUCUUGCGAUAUUUCACUCAGCUGCCGAGAUUUUUGAAGUUAUUGUUUCGGAUUCAACUGCCUCUUCUCUUGGAUCCUGGAUUGGACAUGUUACGGACCUCCAUAGGGCUUUACAUACCUCUUCUCCAGGGUCGAAUAGGAAGGAUGCCCCCACAAGGAUGUUGGAAUGGAUAGAUGCUGGAGUAGUAUAUCAUAAAAAUGGAGUUACAGGUCUUAUACGAUAUGCUGCUGUGAUUGUUUCCGGAGGAGAUGCGCACUUGACUUCAACCAUCCCUCUUGUGUCGGAUCUAACAGAUGCAGAGAAUGUUAUUGGAGAUACUUGUGGUGGUUCAGAUGUUAAUGUUAUGGAGAAUCUUGGAAAGUUCAUCUCUGAUAAGACUUUUGAUGGUUUGACUCUUCGUGACUCUUCUGUAGCACAGUUGACAACAGCAUUUCGCAUUUUGGCUUUCAUUUCAGAGAACUCGACUGUUGCCGCUACUCUAUAUGAUGAAGGAGCAAUAGCAAUAAUCUAUGCAGUUUUGGUCAACUGUAGGUUUAUGCUCGAAAGGUCCUCAAACAGUUAUGAUUACCUUGUUGACGAGGGCACAGAAUGCAACUCUACAUCAGAUUUACUGCUGGAACGUAAUCGUGAGCAGAGUUUAGUUGAUCUUCUGGUUCCAACUCUUGUGUUGUUGAUCAAUUUAUUGCAGAAAUUGAAGGAGGUACAAGAGCAGCACCGGAAUACCAAAUUGUUGAAUGCGCUUCUACGAUUGCACCGAGAAGUAAGUCCGAAACUAGCCGCAUGUACUGCAGACCUAUCGUCUCCUUAUCCUGAUUCUGCCCUUGGGUUUGGAGCUAUCUGCCAUCUUCUUGUCUCAGCGCUUGCUUGUUGGCCAAUCUUUGGCUGGACUCCUGGGCUUUUUCACUCUCUCCUUGCUAGUGUUCAAGUUACUUCCUUGCUGGCCUUGGGUCCAAAGGAAACAUGCAGUUUGCUAUGCCUUCUGAAUGAUUUAUUUCCAGAAGAAGGGGUCUGGCUCUGGAAAGAUGGGAUGCCUUUGCUGAGUGCCCUUAGAAAGUUGUCUGUUGGGACGCUUUUGGGUCCUGAGAAGGAGAGACAGGUCAACUGGUAUCUGCGUCCUGCAAAUCUUGAGAAGUUGCAGAGCCAAUUCACACCACAUCUGGACAAAAUAGCCCAGAUUAUACAACAUUAUGCUAUAUCUGAAUUGGUUGUUAUUCAAGACAUGCUUCGAGUUUUUAUUAUUCGCGUUGCUUGCCAAAAAAGUGAAAGUUGCUCUGUUCUUCUACGGCCCAUAUUCUCAUGGAUUCGUGAUCAUGUUUAUGAGUUGCCUUCUCCAUCAGAUAUGGAUGCUUAUAAGGUUUAUAGAUAUCUUGAUUUCGUUGCGAGCUUAUUAGAGCAUCCACGUGCCAAGGCACUAUUGUUAAAGGAGGGUGCCAUUCGAAUGCUAACUAGAGUGCUCGAUAGGUGUUUAGCUACUGCUGAUACAGAUGGAACCCCGAUCCUAGCUGGUAGAAGUUCAGCUAAAUCCGGGUUUCCUGUGCUCAGUUGGUGCCUCCCUGUAUUCAAGUCCUUCUCACUGAUUUCCAUUUCUCACGCAAGUCUACACAAGGAUUUGCACAAGUUUGCAAACGUGAGUACUGAAGAUUCUAUAAUGAUAUUAAAAUAUCUCCUCCGGUUUUCUCAGGUUCUUUCAGCUGGAAAAGAAUUACUUGCAUGCCUUACUGCUUUCAAAGAACUAGGUUCUUGUAAUGAAGGCCGAAGUGCUUUAGCAGCCGCUUUUUAUGGUCUUCACUAUAUUGCCGAGGAUCGUGAAGCAUAUAAAGGACAUGAACAGGAUGGAAAUGGUAACAGUUGUCUUCUUAACGAAUCGGAAUGGAGAAAGUGCCCUCCUUUGUUAUUUUGCUGUAAAUCGUUGUUAAGGUCAGCUGAUUCAAAAGACGGUUUAUCAAGUUAUGUGAUUGAAGCUGUCAAUGCACUGUGCAUGGGAUCUUUAUGGUUCUGCCUUGACGGGGAAAGAUUGAAACCAGACAGGGUUAUUGCGGUGAAAUUCCUUUUUGGUCUACCUGAUGAUAUAGGCUCAACAGAUGGUGUUGCAGAAGAAAACUUGAACUGCAUUCAUGAUCUAAUCUCUGUGUUGACGGCAGUAGCUGAUGAGUAUGUUGCUAAAUCUGAUGUUCAGAUCCCCUUGCAUGAGGUUUUAGAAUCCGCAAAGUUAUUAAUGCUGUUGUUGCAGAAGCCUAGUUCUUUGUUAAAGAUGGAUGAUAUCUUUGUUAGUGAUAGUGUUCCUGUACCACCAAAUGUUGCAUUAUCUUCAAAGAUCCAUCUAAUCUCAGAUGGUGGUGCUGAAAUGACUGGUGAUUAUCUUUAUCAAGGAGCACUUGGAGAUAAGUUUCAGUGGGAGUGUCCUGAAACGUUGCCGGAUAGAUUGUCACAAUCAAAUCUUUCUGGUAAGAGGAAAAUGUCGUCACUUGACGGCCCAAAUAGGCGUGCUAGGGGAGAAAGUUCCGUGGCUGAGAUUACAACCCAAAAUGCAUUUGCUAGAGGUUUGGCCUCGACUACUGCCUCCUCUGGUCCUACUCGCAGGGAUACCUUUCGGCAGCGGAAACCAAAUACUAGUAGACCCCCUUCCAUGCAUGUUGAUGACUAUGUUGCAAGAGAAAGAAAUGAUGGUGGUUCCAAUGUAAUAGCAGUCCAGCGGGUUGGAUCGUCUGGUGGGAGACCUCCUUCAAUGCAUGUGGAUGAAUAUAUGGCCAGGGAAAGGGAACGCCGGAAUCCGUUGUCAACGGUAGUUGGGGAUGCAACAAUACAGGUGAAGAGUGCAACACCCGUGAAUGACUCACCUAUGGAGAAGUUGAACAAGCCUAAACAAUUGAAAGCUGAUCUUGAUGAUGAUCUUCAAAUUGACAUACAAUUUGAUGGUGAGGAGUGUGAACCUGAUGACAAAUUGCCCUUUCCUCAGCCUGAUGAUAUUCUACAGCUGCCUGCUCCUGUGGUUGCUGAGCAAAGCUCUCCACACUCUAUUGUUGAAGAGACAGAGAGCGAUGUUCACUCCACACCGCUAACAUCUAAUAUGGAUGACAACACACAAAGUGAAUUUUCUUCCAGGAUGUCAGUUUCACGUCCUGAAAUGCCUUUGACUCGAGAACCAAGUGUUUCUUCAGACAAGAAGUAUUUUGAGCAUUCUGAUGAGUCAAAGAAUCCUACAUUUGUUAAGGCUUCUAGUGGUUUUGAAUCUACAGCAGCAGGAAAUAGUCCUAGAUUCCCUGUCUUUGGCUAUAAUAAUUCAUCGGGACCUUCUGCACAGUUGCCAGUUGAUUCAAGAAUGAAUCCACAGAAUUUUUUUCCAAAGAACAGUUCACAACAUGUAGGUAAUGUGCCUAUGGCUACAGGUUCUCCAGGAUUUUAUGACCCGAGGUUUCUUUCAAAUCAACCUCCUUUACCUCCAAUGCCGCCUCCCUCAACAGUUGCAGCUUUGAUGUCUCAGACUUCUGAUACAGUUCCAAGUCAAUCAUCCCCGUUUGUGAACUCCAUGAAUGAGGGACAGCAGCCCUCCACAACCUAUCAGAUUCGUUCAGAUUAUCCUUCUGCAUUCAAUAAUGGUUCUUCAUCCAGAAGUUCCAUCUCUUCUCCUAGUGGGGCUGCCAGGGCCCCUCCACCGCUUCCUCUUACACCACCUCCUUUUUCAUCCAGUCCUUAUAAUGUAACACCCAACAGAACUUCUAUUGCCCAGUCAACAGUAUAUAACCAGACAAGUGGUGGAACAACUGAACUCCCUCAGGGCUCUACUGCACCUUCGGGGGCCAGAGUAAAUGCCUAUUCAUCACCUGCCCUGGUGCCUCAUAUGGUUUUCAAUAGGCCAGGUUCUAAUUCUAUGACUAUCUAUGGACACGUCCCAACUCAGCUGCAGGGUGACAACCCUAAUAUGCUGCAGAAUCUUUCUGUCCCCCAAUCUCCAAUGCAGUCUAUUCAUACUGGUGGUCAGUUGCAGCCACUACAGCCCCCACAGCUUCCUCGUCCUCCACAACCACCCCAACAUCUUAGGCCACCUAUACAAGCUUCACAACAUCUGGAACAGGGUCCUUUGCAGAGCCCAGUUCCGAUGCAUUCACUGCAAAUGCUGCAACAGCCAAUGGUUUCACCUAUGCAGGCCUAUUAUCAAUCCCAACAAGAGUUUGCUCCUAUACAUCAGCAAGUUGACUAUUCUCAACACCAGGUUUUGCCUCAAUCAGGGGAUACUUCAUCCCAACAGCAACAAGACCCAGGAAUGUCAUUACAGGAAUAUUUCAAGUCUCCAGAAGCUAUUCAGUCUCUAUUGGGUGACCGAGAAAAACUUUGUCAAGUUUUGGAGCAGCAUCCAAAGUUAAUGCAGAUGCUUCAGGAGAAGUUGGGCGCUCAGCUAUAGCAGAAUGACUUGGAACCAAUGGAGCCUUAUUUUUUUCGGGAGUUUAUUUGAUCGAUCAUUAGAUUUUUGUCCUGUUGAAAUUUUGUUCAUAAUGUACUGUAAAUGUGUAACGUACUGUAAAUGUUUCAUGUACAUUAUGUUACGUUUUUUCAUCAACCUUUAUAGCCUUGUAAUGUAAUUUUGGCUUCCUCCAGCUUAUUAGCUGCAAAUGUCUGAUCUGUAGGUCACUGGAGCAUGU